AUGCCUUCCCUCACCCCCCUCUUCGGCAAUGACAUUCGUCACGGAUUUACGUGGGGAAACUUCUUGGUUGCUCUCGUGUUCCUCCCCAUUGGAUACGCCAUAGCACGAGUCGCCUACAACAUUUUUCUACAUCCUCUACGGCACUACCCGGGCCCAAAAUUAGCUGCUUCCAGCGAUCUCUACUAUGCCUGGAUGAUAGUCACAGGGCAGCCUCACAAACACAUCGCUGAACUCCAUGCACAAUACGGGCCCGUCGUCCGCAUCGACCCAGCCCAACUAUCAUAUACGGACCCAUCCGCUUGGAAAGACAUCUUCGGGCACCGCAAACAAGGGCAAGCAGAACACUCAAAGGAUCCAAUCUUCCAUGCCCCCUUCCGCAGUAACAUCAUUGGCGCCGACCGCGAUGACCAUCGCCGUUUCCGAAGGCUCCUGUCGCAUGGGUUCUCGGCACAAGCUAUGAUGAACCAGCAGCCGCUUAUAACUCAGUACGUCGACCUUCUAAUCCAGCGACUGCAUGAGAACGCAGACGGGGGCACGCGGAAGCUGGACAUGGUAAGCUGGUACAACUGGUGCACGUUCGAUAUUAUCUCCGACCUUGCGUUUGGGGAGCCUUUUGGGUGUCUGCAGAACAGCGACUAUCAUCCGUGGGUCUCGGCAAUCUUCGGCGCCGUCAAGCAGAACGCGCUACUUGGGCUGAUUGGAAGGUAUGCGGUACUCGCGCCGUUGCUGAAGGCAAUGAUACCCGAGUCGGUCAAGAGAAAAGCGCAGGAGCACUUGGACUUGACCUACGCAAAGGUUGACAAGAGACUUGACUUGGCAACGCCUAGGCCUGAUUUCAUUCAGGCAAUGACGAUGAAGGGAGACUUGACCAUGAGCCGGGAGGAAAUCUACGACAACGCUAAUAUCCUCAUCGGGGCCGGGUCUGAAACUACGGCAACUGCGCUCUCCGCUGCAACAUACCUACUAGCAAUGAAUCCUCCAGUCCUGCGGAAGCUUGUCGCUGAGGUCCGGGGAUCAUUCUCUUCAGAAGGUGAUAUUGAUUUCGUGAGCGUCCAGAAAUUAGACUACAUGUUGGCUGUGCUCGAUGAGACCUUGCGCCUGCAUCCCCCGUCACCUAACGCGAAUCUGAGGCGCGUGUGUGACGGCGGAGAUGUCAUCUGUGACAAGUUUGUUCCUCACGGGACCAGUAUUGGCGUCUGGCACUACGCCAUCUUCCGCGACCCCAGAAACUUUACCCUCCCUGAUUCGUUCAUCCCGGAGCGGUGGCUUGGCGACAAGCGCUUCGUCAAUGACAACAAGGAUGCGCUUCAACCGUUCUCGUUCGGGCCGCGGAAUUGUAUUGGAAAGAACCUGGCCUACGUUGAAAUGAGGAUCAUCUUGGCUAGAGUCCUGUACAACUUCGAUCUCACGAUUGCAGAAGACUCGAAGAAGUGGCAGGACGAGGAGGAGGUUUACACAUUGUGGCUCAAGGGUGACCUGAAUGUCUAUCUGAAUCCCAGGAAAUGA